ACUGUGCUGCACUGCUGAAGAGGAGGAGGCAGAGUGUGAACACGCUCUCUCAGACGCUGCAGGGCCAUACGAAGGAACACACACCGGCACCAUCAGCGUCAGGGUCUGCCCGCGGCAGGCAGGACCUCCAGCACUGCAGCCUCCCAGCUCCCCAGCCCCAACCCAGGACCUCCAGCACUGCAACCCCCAAGCCCCAGCCCCAACCCAGGACCUCGCCAGGCCUCUACCACCUUCAUCUCCACAGACAGUCGUCUCAACCAGGCUGAAAUAUGGCACAAGCCGCCAAACAUCUCGUGAAGAACAAGGAAUUAAAAAUCCAGCUCGAGGCGGAGCGCCUGCAGAAGGAGGAGGAGAAGGCCAAGAAGAGGAACCGAUCGCGGGAUAAAAAGCGCAAGGCCCACGCGGUGCAUCGCUGGCUAAUCGAUCAGGACGAUAGUUUGAGCUCUGAGCUGCCGGAUGGCCAAGGAGUAUGGCACUUUGAUGAAGCAGCUGAUGCUGUCAGUAGUUUUCUGCGUGCGGCUCGUUCUGGUAACAUGGACAAGGCCAUUGACCACAUAAAGAAUGGCAUAGACAUCAACACAGCCAAUCAGAACGGGCUGAACGGGUUGCAUCUGGCCUCUAAAGAAGGCCACGUUAAAAUGGUGCUGGAGUUACUACAUGGAGGCAUCGAUGUGGAAACCCAGACUAAGAAAGGCAACACAGCUCUGCACAUUGCUGCCCUGGCUGGGCAGGAGCAAGUGGUGGCAGAGCUGGUAAAUUACGGGGCCAACAUCAAUGCCCAGUCCCAGGUGAGACCCCAGCCAGUGUCGGAUGAGACCCCGACCCCCCUGGCAGAGCCCCCCGCAGAGGAGCCACCAGCCACAACGGAUAACCAUACAAAGGGCUUCACACCGCUCUACAUGGCCUCACAAGAGAAUCAUCUAGAAGUUGUGAAGUUCCUUUUGGAGAACGGGGCCAAUCAAAGCCUUCCCACUGAGGAUGGCUUCACCCCUCUCGCCGUGGCUCUUCAGCAGGGACAUGAGAAUGUCGUGGCCCUGCUCAUCAACUAUGGCACCAAGGGAAAAGUCCGUCUCCCCGCGCUGCACAUAGCAGCACGGAAUGAUGACACACGCACAGCUGCCGUGCUUCUACAGAACGACCCUAACGCAGACGUCCUGAGCAAGACAGGCUUCACACCGCUCCAUAUCGCCGCACACUACGAGAACCUGAACGUAGCCCAAUUGUUGCUCAACAGAGGAGCCAAUGUCAAUUUCACCCCUAAGAAUGGCAUCACACCUUUGCACAUCGCAUCCAGGCGGGGGAACGUGAUCAUGGUACGACUCCUGCUGGACCGAGGAGCACAGAUUGAUGCCAAGACCAAGGAUGAGUUGACUCCACUGCACUGUGCAGCCAGAAACGGACACGUGAGGAUCAUUGAGAUCCUACUGGACCAAGGGGCUCCCAUCCAGGCCAAGACCAAGAACGGCCUGUCUCCCAUCCACAUGUCAGCACAGGGGGACCACAUGGACUGUGUGAGACAACUCCUGCAAUACAACGCUGAGAUUGAUGACAUCACAUUGGACCACCUGACCCCCCUGCACGUGGCAGCCCACUGUGGGCACCACCGCAUGGCCAAAGUGCUGCUGGACAAGGGAGCAAAACCCAACUCCCGUGCACUGAAUGGUUUCACUCCGCUUCACAUUGCCUGUAAGAAGAACCACAUGCGUGUGAUGGACCACCUGCUCAAACACUCAGCGUCCCUAGAGGCUGUGACAGAGUCGGGCCUGACUCCUCUACACGUGGCCUCGUUCAUGGGCCACCGCAAAAUAGUCACCCAUCUGGUACAGAAGGGGGCUUCUCCUAGUGCUUCCAAUGUAAAAGUGGAGACUCCUCUCCACAUGGCAUGUAGAGCUGGACACUAUGAGGUGGCAGAGUUCUUACUGACCAAUGCAGCACCAGUAGACGCCAAGGCAAAGGAUGACCAGACACCACUCCACUGUGCGUGUCGGAUGGGCCACAAGGAGCUGGUCACUCUGCUGCUGGAACACAAGGCCAACCCCAACUCCACCACCACAGCCGGACACACACCCCUCCACAUCGCUGCCCGUGAGGGACACACUCAGACUACACGCAUCCUACUGGACAUGGAGGCCCAGCAGACCAAGAUGACCAAGAAAGGCUUCACUCCUCUCCAUGUGGCUUCUAAAUAUGGCAAAGUGGACGUGGCAGAGCUGCUGCUGGAGAGAGGGGCCAACCCUAACGCUUCUGGCAAGAAUGGACUGACUUCUCUCCAUGUGGCUGUCCAUCACAACAACCUGGACGUGGUUAAUCUGCUGGUCAGCAAGGGAGGCUCCCCACACAGUGCAGCUAGGAAUGGCUACACCCCUCUCCACAUAGCUUCCAAGCAGAACCAGGUGGAGGUUGCCAACAGCCUGCUGCAGUACGGCGCCUCGGCCAAUGCUGAAUCCCUCCAGGGGGUCACGCCCCUUCACCUAGCAGCUCAGGAGGGCCGGCCUGACAUGGUGGCCCUGCUCAUCUCCAAACAGGCCAACGUCAACCUGGGGAACAAGAGUGGACUGACUCCUCUCCACCUGGUGGCACAGGAAGGCCACGUGGGCAUCGCUGACAUCCUGGUGAAGCAAGGGGCAUCAGUGUAUGCUGCCACACGGAUGGGAUACACCCCUCUCCAUGUUGCCUGCCACUAUGGCAAUGUAAAGAUGGUGAAGUUCCUCCUGCAGCAGCAGUCCAACGUCAACAGCAAGACCAAGGUUGGUUACACUGCAUUGCACCAGGCAGCCCAACAGGGCCACACAGAUAUCGUCACCUUAUUGCUCAAACAUGGAGCUCCGCCCAACGAGGUCACCACUAACGGUACGUCAGCCCUGUCCAUCGCCAAGCGGUUGGGGUACAUCUCCGUAAUCGACGUUCUCAAACUGGUCACAGAGGAGACGGUUUCCAUUACCACCACAGAGAAACAUCGUAUGAGUUUCCCAGAAACAGUGGAUGAGAUAUUGGAUGUAUCAGAGGAUGAAGGAAUUGCACAGCUAACAAUGGGGGAGGAGCUGUUGGGGACAGAAGGAGCCAGGUACAUGAAGAUGGAUGACUUGAAGGACCAUGAUGACGAUUUCCUGUCACCCAAGAAAUCUAUGGACAACUACUCGCCUGCCAUUCCCAGGAUCCCUUGUGUAUCCCCAGAGAUGGUCCACCUAAAGGAGCAUGAGAUGGAGCAGGUACACACUCCAAUGCCAUUACAUAGGGAGUAUGAUGAUGACUCCCUGAUCCCCAGCAGUCCAGCUACAGAGACAUCUGACAACGUCAGUCCUGUGGCAAGCCCCAUACACACAGGGUUCCUAGUGAGUUUCAUGGUGGAUGCUCGGGGUGGCUCGAUGCGAGGCAGCAGACACAACGGUCUGCGUGUCAUCAUCCCUCCACGGACCUGUGCCGCCCCCACACGUAUAACCUGCCGUCUGGUCAAACCCCAGAAGCUCCCCACCCCUCCCCCCCUGGUGGAGGGAGAGGGCCUGGCCAGCCGUAUCAUCUCUCUGGGCCCAGCCAGCAUGCAGUUCCUAGGGCCUGUGAUCGUGGAGAUCCCACACUUUGCAGCCCUGGGUCGAGGGGACCGGGAGCUGGUGGUUCUGAGGAGUGAGAAUGGCUCUGUUUGGAAGGAACACCGCAAUCGCUACGGGGACGAUGUGCUGGAGACUAUCCUCAAUGGGAUGGAUGAAGAUCUGGAGAGCCAAGAGGAGCUUGGGAAGAAGCGUAUCCGACGAAUCAUCUCCACUGACUUCCCCCUCUACUUUGCUGUGGUGUCGCGUGUUCAGCAGGAGAGUGAUCUGAUUGGCCCAGAGGGGGGUCAACUGACCAGUAAGCUGGUGCCGAUGGUCCAGGCUACGUUCCCUGAGACAGCGGUCACCAAGCGAGUCCGUCUGGGCCUGCAGGCCCAACCAGUCCCAGACGAGCUGGUUGCCAAGCUGCUGGGUAACCAGGCAACCUUCAGCCCCGUGGUGACUGUGGAACCACGGCGACGCAAGUUCCACCGGCCCAUCGGCCUGUGCAUCCCCCUGCCCCCCUCCUGGAGAGAGAGCCCCCGGGACUCUGGGGAGGGGGACACCACCAGCCUGCGCCUGCUGUGCAGUGUCAUCGGUGGCACAGCCCCAGCCCAGUGGGAGGACAUCACUGGUACCACCAAGCUCAUAUAUAGCAAAGACUGUGCCAACUUCACAACCAAUGUGUCAGCACGGUUCUGGCUGGCUGAUUGUCCUAGGACAGCCGAGGCUGUGUCUUUCUCCAACCUACUGUAUCGAGAGCUCUCAGCUGUGCCCUACAUGGCCAAGUUUGUGGUGUUUGCCAAGAUGAACGAGGUCCGUGAGGGCCGCCUGCGCUGCUACUGCAUGACUGAUGACAAGAUGGACAAAACCCUGGAGCAACACGAGAACUUCAGUGAGGUGGCCCGCAGUCGUGACAUCGAGGUGAUGGAGGGAAUGCCACUGCACCUGGAGUGUUCUGGGAACCUGGUUCCAGUGAGGAAGGCUACCCAGCAGCCUCGCUGUUUCAGCUUCCAGGCCUUCAAAGACAACAGACUCCCCGUCUCAGUCAAGGUGAGAGACAGUAGCAAGGAUCACUCUGGAUUCCUGUCCUUCCUACGCAAGUCUACCAAGUACGAAGACAGCCAACAUGUGCUGUGCAACCUCAACAUUACCAUGCCCCCGUGUAUCAAGGCUGCUGGUAGUGAAGACCGGAGGCGAACUCUGACCCCAUUAGCCCUGCGAGAGAGAUACAGCGCCAUGAAUGAGCCUGCCAUGGGUAAAGCAUCAAUGAGUGCCAUGGAAAGGACAGAGUUGAAGAUGGCUCUGAUAGCUGAACAGUUGGGACUUAGCUGGGCUGAGCUGGCGAGGGAGCUACAGUUCAGUGUAGAUGACAUUAAUAAGAUCCGUGUGGAGAAUCCUAACUCCCUAUUGGAGCAGAGUUCUGCCCUGCUCAACCUAUGGGCCACCCGUGAGGGCAAGAGAGCCAAGAUGGAUAGUUUGUAUACAGCUCUGAAGAGCAUUGACCGGAUGGACAUAGUGAACAUGUUGGAGGGCCAGGGGCCACAGCCUGCAGGGAGGCAGGCCCGGGAGUCAAGCAGACGCAGACGCAACGAGACUGACCACGUCUCCCCCAGCCUGAGCAAUGGUUACGGGCUGAUGCAGGAGGAGCUGCUCUCCCCUCCCUCCAUGCAGUACAGCCUGCCCUCCCCGCUGGGCAACGAGCCCUACUGGCAGGAAGUCUCCAGUCUGGAGUGUGCUCCAAUGGCCACCACUGAGGAGGACACACUCAUGGAGAUGUCCGAUGUGCAGGUGUGGCCCUCUGGCAACAGCCCCUCCCUAGUGGCCGUGGAGGACUCCUCGCUGGAGUGCAGCAAUGCCGACGACUCGGAGGGGCUGCUGGGGCUGCCGUAUGGGAGCCUGGGCCGGCCGGGCAGUGGGGCCAGCGGUGGGGGGCUGAGUGGAUCUAUGGAGCUGGUGGAGGACAACUCAGAGAUGGGGGCUGUUGACUCAUUCAGCACCGCCACACAUGCCACCCCUGCCUCGUUCAGCACCGCCACACCUGCCACCCCUGCCUCGUUCAGCACCGCCACACCUGCCACACCUUCUUCGUUCGGAGGCACCAUCGCCGCCGCGGUCAACAACAUUAAUGGGCUGGACAAAGGUCAAGUGUCAAAUGUCGUGAGGUCGGAGGCAGCAGCGGUCGGAGGCAACAUGACGGGUGGAGAUGGAGCUGGAGGAGGAGGAGGAGGAGGGACAGGCUCAGAGGAAGGGCUUUCUCUUGUUGCAGGACAACAGCAGCGGGUGUACGCCCGGCUGAGCGAGUCGCCCGGUCUGAGCCGAGUGGCAGAUCGUAAUGGAGACAGGUCCAGUGGUGGCAGUGGUGGUACUGGAGGCAGCGGUGGAGGUGGUGGAGGCUCUUUCCUGUCCUACCUGCAGGAGCAGUCGGGUCCAGGCUGGCAACCUGUCACAGACCACACUCAGGCCUGGGUGGGCUCGCAGACAGCCAAACCCAGGCAGGCCAUGGACUCUAUGAUGUCAUCAGUACGCGCCGCCAUGGACAUGGACCCCAGCCAGUCCCGCGUGUCCCAAGAGGCCUUGCUUCAGCCAGUGCGUGACAUGGGGCACACGGAGAUCCUGCGUGGGCACUUCAGAGGCACCCAGCCAUUUGAGAAGGGCCUGGGGUUCCCUCACAGGGUGCCAGAGCUGCGGACCUGGGACGAAGUACGCCUGAGGGGGCAGGGUGACGAGGCCAAGGAUCUCCCAGGGGAACAAGUGAGCGAGGAGCAGUUCACAGACGAGCACGGAAACAUUGUCACCAAGAAGAUUGUGAGGAAAGUGGUGCGCAGGGGGAAGGGCUCAGGUGAUGAGGGGUGUCAGGAGCGUUCAGUGUGCGUGGAUGGCUCUCUGCAGGAUGAGCUGGAGGCUGAAGCGGAGCAGUUCAUGAACUACGCCGUCCUGAGCAGCAAGCCGGAUAUUGUGGAUGUGAAGAAGGGUGCUCAGAUAGUGAAAUGUGCCAGUCUGCGGAGAGUAAAGCAGUGAGGCAUGCAGACAGAGUGGCAGAGUGACACGUCCCCGCAGGAGUUGAACCCCACACCAAAACAACCCUACUUAGACACAUGACCGGCAGCAGGAGACAGGGGAAGAAGGCACAUGAAGAGGAGUGUAAUAAUGGAGAUAAAAGAAGAGAGAUCUGAAUGACAAAACACCAACUUCAUAAUAACGACAACCACAACGGCUACGCCGAUGAUCAGCACGCACCGGAGAAGGAAAUGGAUUUACUUGUAGUUUUCGUACUUUUUUUUUUUAAAGAAACUAUCAAAAAAACAUUAACUACUAGGCUAGAAGCAUGAUUUCAUAUAAAACAAAAACCAAACAGAGACAACAAAAAAACUAGCAACCAAAAUGUGCUUCCUGUUAUAUGUAUCAGCAUGAAUGACUGCUGGCGCAUGGCCUGUCUUUAACUACAGUACUAGGGGUUAUGGGAGGGGGGGGGACCACUCCCAUGUGGGAUGGGAGGUCAUGAUGAGGUGUAGGGAAAGGUGAAUGUCAUACAUCCUUUUCCUGAAGAAAAAGGGCAGUGUUUGUUUGUGAAACUUCUGAAAAGGGAGUCUGUUAAAUACUCUGAAUUAUCUCUAGGCAAAGGUUUGCUCCCCUCUCCCUGUCACACUAAUCAAACUCUUCUAGCAAACAAACAUCACCACAGGCUAGUUUCAGCCUUAUGUCCCACUGUCCCACUCCAGUAGCCUACACUUAGGAUGUUGGUGUUGUACAUACUAUAUGCACUUAAAUGAUAUGUGACUGAGUGUUACAUGUGUUUUAUGUCACAAAAACCUUCUGCGAUGCUGAUGAUGAUGCUGCUGUUUCAGAUCUGCCCUGGUUAACUCAAUGUGCAUAUUCUAUAUAUCUUGAUCUGUGUGGACAUAAGAACAAACAAAACAAUCGUUGUGUCAUUCUGCCUGUUUUAUCUGUCAGUUUUUGUUUGUCUGGUUAUUUGUUAUUUUGUGAUUUUCAUGUGCUCCUUCCCUUUGCUCCCUUCAUCUCACCUACAGGGCAUUAUUGGCUUCAGAAACAUUUCAUAGUUCUUUGUGUUUUAGGAAGAGGAGUUUCUGUUUGAAUUUGCAUCCCCAACCUCAUAACCAACCUCCCCUUGAGUGGUUUGUGUGUUUCCAAGGUGAAUGUUAUUGGAGUAAAUGCUGGUGCAAUUAUUAGGACUUUGAAUAGGCCUUUCCCCUACCCUACAGUAUGUGUACAGCUAUAGUCUAGUUUGUCUGGUGGAUCCUGUCACCACCAUCUCCUGUAUGCAGCCCACUUCAGGCAUCUAUACACCCCAUCCUCCCUACACCUCUCCCUACACUCCCCCGUCCCUCUCAAUGUGGAUGUAGCAGUCCUGUCCCUAUCGAUGUGGAUGUAGUAGUCCUGUCCUCUACCAGCAGGGGUCAGGGUUUCCUAAUAAUUAAUGUAGCAUCUCCCCUCUGCUGUGUCUGUCCAACAGCGACAGUGUUUCUGUCUGAUAUCACAGGAUAUAUCCAAAAAGAGUUUACAGAUCAUCUCAGCACCUACCCGUCAUCCGAUAAGGGUAAAUAAGUAACUUGAACACCAUAGGCAAUAAUGUAGCUUUGGUUAAGCUGGUUACAGGUGAGAGUCAGCAGAGAGAGGAACGUAGCUACUGAGAUUUGUAAGUGUUGGGAUUGUAAGUGUUGUUUGAAUUGUUGGCAACUUUCAGAAGUUUAGCGAAGACAGCCAGCCACCAAUCACUGUGAUUAAAAAACUGUAAUAUUGACCCCACAACUGUGAGCCCACACAAACCCACCCCAAACCUUGCUCCUGUCCUCUCACCCCUCUCUUCAUGUCUGUACAACCCUACCCUGUUUCCCAUCAGAAAUGUAUUGUUGGAUGUUUGUUUAAAGGAAAGCAAUAAUAACUUUGGUUGAAGGAGUAGGUAUUUGUGUGUGUGUGUGUGUGUGUGUGUGUGUGUGUGUGUGUGUGUGUGUGUGUGUGUGUGUGUGUGUGUGUGUGUGUGUGUGUGUGUGUGUGUGUGUGUGUGUGUGUGUGUGUGUGUGUGUGUGUGUGUGUGUGUGUGUGUGUGUGUGUGUGUGUGUGUGUGUGUGCACAAUGAUCACACUAUGAUCACUAUCAUUCACUACUUUGACUUUAGAUGUACUGUCUGAUCAGGAGCUAUGCCAGAACCCGAGUAACCCACUUGCUAUCCACUUGACCUGCAUGGAACAGAAAGAGUUGUGGUUGUGUAAAGUAGACCAAGGAGACAUGUUAGUGGACUGAGUAACUGGUUAUGGGUUGUUGGAGAGUUCUCUUAAUCCAAAUGUUUUUCUCCCAGUCGCAACAGUGUUUAUUUUUUUGUGUGUGAUUGUGUGUGCUUGAAGGUUGGGGGGGCAAGGAAUCUAACUUCAUACCAGCCAUUCCCUGAGUUUUAUGCAAGCUGUCAAAUGUAUAAUUUUCAAACUCAUCAAGGGAAUGUAGCAACACUGAAAAACAGCUAAAAGUGUCCACUCAUUGUUGAUUUAAGCCUUAAUGACAUUCAUAUUUUACUUUAAGGAAACAUUUGAAUGUUGUGUGCGUCAAUGCAUGUGAUGAGUCCUCUGAUUGUAAGUACAAUUGAGACUGACACAGUACAACAGCAUUUAGUUUCGACAAAUGACAGUGCAGGGUUGACGGAGGUAAAUCGGCAUGGGUGUGAAAGUGAUAUGACACUACUGGUGGACAUAACAGAGGCUCUCCAGUCCCUAACCUAAUUCAUACAAAACAUGGUCACAGUAAUGUUACCUCAGUACAUUAUAUCAUCCUACAUCAUAUUAGAUGUAUAGAUCAUCUUGGCACUGUACCGUAACUGAUCUAAUACAUUACAUUUCUCAUAUCGAAGGAAAAUGUGUCACAAACACUCCAGCGAGUAUAUAAAUCAACACUCUGCAAUAAUAAUACAUGUAAAUGAAUCUCCAGUCCAGGUCCAUGCUUUAUCCGCCUCUGUAGCCACAGAUAAUGAAUGUAAGGUGUUGCUCUGUAGAUGUUAGUUGAGUAGGAAGGCUAGAUGUCAGGCUGUUUGAGUCUAUCUACAGAACUCAGGAUCUGUUGUUUAUCAAAGAAACUGUAUAAAACUGAACACUCUUAUAUAUGCAUACAUAUUCAUAAAUCAAUGCCCAUCCAUGCAUGAUCAGAACAAGAGAAUGAGAAAGAGAAAGAGAACAGAUCUUCAGCUCAGGAUUUUGUAUUGAGACUUUUGAUCAUCUAUCCCUCCCUCUGCAGGGGGGGGGGUGACAGGGACAGCAGACUGGGCUAUGUGGAUCUAUGGGAGAAGAGUGUUAGACAACUCUCUGACAAUACAUGGGGACUUCAUUUGCUAGGUUUUUUUUAGAUGGCAAGCAUUUUUCCUCAACACCGCCCACCCCCAUUCCAUCCCUGCUCCCUAUAACCAAAAAGAGAUUGAGCCAGUUCUAAGGCUUCCUUCCACACAGUGACAGGUUGAGCGGAGGAGUCAAUGAGAGGGAGGAGUGGAUAGGACUUUAGACUUAUUCAAAGUUAUAGUGAAAAUAUCAUGAACUGAAGGACUAUGGAGGUGACGACAUAAACCAAGUUCAUGCAAAAAAUAUUAACUGUUGCAAAAACUAGAGAACACAUAUACUCCUUUAGAAUGUAUUGAAGACAUUAUUAACGCAAUAGCAUAUUACUCAAUACUUAGGAAUGCAACUGCGCACAUGCACAGAAAAUGUUUUUAAUAUAAAUGAAUCUAUAUAUAAUAUAUGAAAAUAUAUAUUUACUUAGAAUGCUAUGCACCCUUGUCAACGGGAUUAUAGUAAUGUUAUGGAUGUACUUUUGGCAUCAUAGCUACCAAGAGACUGUUGAGUUAUGGGUAAUGCCUGAAACCUGGGAAAAAUAGGGGUCUUGUCGGUAUUUUAACUUUUUUUGUUUGCUUUUUUUAUUGUUAUGAAGAGGUCAAAUAUGGAAAACGUAUGUAAAUGUACAAUCCUUUUAAUCAAAUGGAAUCCGAUGACAUCUAUAGAUAAUCUACCCUGUACACCAGCUCAAAUCAUUUACAAAAUUAAUAAAGAAAUUAAAUGUC